AUGCAAACUCAAUUGACCCAACAGAAAGUAACAACUAAACAAUCUCAACUGUUGGUACACGAACUCAUCAGUGUAUCCAUUUACUGCAUCACCUUUUUGAGAAACUUGUUUGAGGAAUACAACUACAUUGAUUCAAAAUAUUACAAUGAGGCAAAUCCCAAACCAAAUGCAAAUUAUAUCAGAACAAAGAAGUUGAAAUUGGGGGUUGACUCGCAAGCUGACUUGUUCAUCAAAUGUAUUGAAAACGGUAUCAAAGAGUCAAUUGAGAAGGAGUAUUUGAAAGCGAUACAGAUAUCUAUUUACUUGUCCAAAGAUUGCCCUCACCAAGUGGUUGAAAGCUACGUUUUUGGCAUUGACUAUGAUACAAAUUCUGUCUCGCUUUCUGGAGGUAAUUGCAAGGAAACAUUUACAGAAGAUUGCCAUAGUUAUGAUUCAGUUAUCGCUCAGAUGCAAAGUAUGCUAAGAAAAUUGAUAGUAAUGAGUCAGUCUUUUGAUUUUUUGCCAAAUGAAAAGCACCUCUCAAUUAAACUAUUAUUCAACAAUUCGUGUCCCGAGAGCUAUCAGCCAAGUUACUUCAAAGAUGCUUCAGACUUGUCUCCUUCGACACUUAAAGUUGAUACGGAGAACCGAUUGAGUGAUCUCGGACGGGUAAACACAGGCAAAAACCAAGUGAAAUUAAACGUAUUUGUUGAAGACAAAACUACAACGACUGAUACAACUGUUGUUGAUCCAUUUGACUAUUUUGAUGACACCUUAGUGGAUCCCUUGCAUCAAGAUAUACCUGCCUCCUCGUUACAUUUGGAUACGUUUCUAAAAACAAAUGAACCCGAUCCUGAAUUGGGAGUUACUCAGUCCUUGGGGGCUUUCGCUACUAAUGAGCGUUGUUGUGCUUGUAUAAAGUGUCAGCAGUUGUUAAAUCCAAUUGAAUAUGGCUAUAACCAACCUUUCAAAAGAAGCUUCUCAUGCUUCAAGUGUAUGUUUGGCCAAUUGGAUUUUGACGUUUUGCUUUUAAUGAAAAUCAGAAAACUUUGGAAUUACCUUUUAAAAAAUAAAUUCCCCGAUGCUGCAGAGUUUUUGAAAGUCACUGACUUGAGUAUCGAAAAUGAGGACUUUAUUGCAAGCAUCUUCAACCAUUUAUUUGAACAAAAUGUGUUAUUGGUAACAAAUAAGGCAAUGUUCGAACCCAAUGCUAUUGAAUUUCUUGCAGGUUCAGGAGAAUUCCGUCCGUUUGUUCAUGGCCUUGCUGACAGCACCGGAAAGCCAUUACUCAAUGGUCAACUGUACUUUGUGAGUUUUGUUCCUAGCUUAUGUCAACAUUUUCCAUACAUGUCCUAUAACAAAGCAGUCGAUUCAAUAUACUUCCCAAACUUGCAAUUACCAAGAGCUAACUUUGUAUCUGCAAAUAUACGGAAAUUCAAGCAAUUGAAAAACAAAAGCCAAGUGGCAAAGGUUCCUAUUCCUAGUGCUCCAAAGACUAUGAUUGCCGAUUCACAAGCAUCCCUUGAAGGAGUUAUUACUCGCUCUAAAGUAGAGUUGAAGAAAGUUGUACAUGGUAUGGAAAACGUAACUUUAAAUAACCAAUCCGCCACUACCUUGACAUCACAAAGAAGCCAUACAGGUAUGAAAAGGUCUGCGUCACCAGAAUUGUCCAUCGAUAGUUUAUCGUUUGCAGAUUCACUAGUAUUCUUAUCUCAGCAUCUGCAACAAAAAGGCAAUUGCACUGCUCAGGAGAUGAUAGAUAGUUGGGCAGUUCCAAAAAAGCUGGUUGAAAUAACUGAUGCAAUUGCCAAAAGAAAAAAGAGAAAAAUAAGUAUAAACCAGUGA